AAAAUUGAAAAUAAGCCAACAAUUUACAACGAAAACGACAAGUGAAUGCCUUAAAUUUUUUGCUAGUGUUUUAUGCUAAUUAAUUGCUACUCUGCGAAAGCCCUAACCAGAUCAGAAGGUCGCCAGAUACCCUCACGUACACCCGUAACCAAAACAAAUGUGAAAAUAACAGCAACAACAGCAACGAGACGCCAUUAACCGGUUUCAAAAUUUUCCACAACAAAUUAAGUUUUCCCCUGUUUGCCUUUGCAUAAAUUUCCAGUGAAGUGCACAUCCACAGGCACAUCUAUACAAUAUUUACGUAUAUGUGUUGUCUUGCGGUAAUACCAUAAGGGCCUAAAAGCUAAAGACAAACAAAAAUAAAGCCACUUGCAAACAUAACUGUGAAAAAGAGCUUUGGUGUCAGGCCACCGUACACACACACAGCCAUGGGAUAUUCCAUUAAGAAUAGCGAAACCGGAGAGUUGGAGUACUUCUACACGGACUCGUCCCGUGUUACACAGCCCGCCUACGAUGGAGAGACCGGAGAGCCCGUCCACGGCCAAAUGAAGGUGCGCUAUCGCAAGCAUCACAAUUUCCAUGUUCCGAAGCACUGCCUCCGUGGCACCCUGUGCGACGAGAUGGACGACCUAAUGACGAACAAAUAUCAGGGGGAUCUGGACAUAACCGUGCAGCAUGGUGCUCGCAAGGAGCCGAAGAAAACGACCCCAGGCUAUGAGCGCGAGGACUACUGUCACAUGGAUGGUGUGAGCAGUAAUAUCAUCUUGGGCUACGAACGCCAGCAUUAUCUGCUUUUCCUGGUCCCGACACUUUUCUGCUACAACUUCUUCAUUGGCGCCCUGAUGGCAUUGAUUGAGAUUUUCCUGCACAUGAUGUCGCACCACAAGAACGGCCUGACCAUGCAGAAGACCCUGUACUUCCGCAGCCCCUUGCAUGUGCUCUCCUCGCAGUUCUGCGCCAUCUGUCGCACCGAGUCCGACAGCAAGUACAAUCGCAUCUUCGAUAUUCUGAACAAACAAAUGCGCACCGCUCAUCGCUCGGCCACACUCAAGAACAUGGCCAAGGCCAUGGGAUAGUUCUCGAAGAGACGCACUAUUACACGGCAUCGGAAAACUAUAUUUAAUAACAGAAACGUUUAUGUCACACGAUCAACACAAAAUAAAUGCACUAAAAUAUCACUCAAGUA